UUGACAUAAAAAUGCCUGAAAUCAUUGCAUAUCCUCAUAUCUCGAGAGUGGACAAUGAAAUUCAGAUGAAAGUUAUAAAUUGUGAAAAGUUUCAGAAGAUAACUAUUCGCCUAGAAGAAGAAUCACACAGAUGGUACCAUGCCAGUGCUCAUUACGUAUCCGAUAAAGAUGGCCAGGUCGACGUUUCUAUCGAUGAAUCAGUUGGAGGCAGCUACGUGGGCAUUGAAACCAUGGGGUUAUUCUGGUCAAAAGAGAAAAUGACAAACAAAAAAUUAUCCGUAGCAUUUGAUGGUAUUAAAUUCAAGAUUUAUUUGAGCGUUUUCGACGGUCAUUUAAACUUUGAACAGCAGACAGAUUUGUCUAAUCACAAGUCAUUAGCCUCAAUCACGAUUGAAAGAAGAUUUGCAGACUCGAAUAUUUCAUGUAGUCUAGUUAGGUAUGGAGAUUUGAGAGGUUUUUUGUACGUACCUAAUGAAAAGAGGCAAUUUCUGGGCGUGAUCGAUGUUGGUGGUUUAACAGGUGGAACAAUGAACGAACGAGCAUCCCUUCUGACAAGCAAUGGAUUCGUUACGUUUGCGCUGAGUCUAUUUGGAGGUUUCGAUCAACCUAAAAAUGUUUCUGAAAUUGAUUUAACUUAUAUAAAAAGGGCAAUAGAUUAUCUAUUGUCCCAUGACAAAGUACAAAAAGAAGGAGUUGCAAUUAUUGGUAUUUCACUUGGAGGAACUAUAGCUCUUGCCGCGGCUGGAUGCUUGCCGAAAAUAAAAUGUGUUGUGAACAUAACUGGACCCAUCACCGCAUGCGCAAAUAUAAAUUUAAAAUAUGGAGACAGAAAGUGGAAAGCAGCCGAAGACAAAGAAGAACUUGCUAGAUUCAUUACGGACACAGUCCAAGACCGGAGAUACGUCCUGCAAAUUCCAGACUAUUCCGAUAUUAACAAUCAUAUUCCGCCCUUCCACAAAUCCAAAUCGUCUAUACUCUUUAUAUAUGGAGAAGACGAUGGUUUGAUAAGAUGGCAAAAUCAUGCUAAACUAGCAAAAAAGAUGCUUGAAUCGACAAAUAAAGUAAAUUACAAAAUGAUCAUCUAUCCCGGAGCAGGACACUUAUUAAUUAUACCGUAUGCGCCUGUGAUAUCAAAAGGUUAUCUGUCUCGUAGUUCACGAUAUGCUUGGUUUCAGGGCGGGAAAUUGCCGGGUCAUGCCAAGUCACAAAUUCAGGCUUGGAGGGAUAUAAUUGAAUUUUUAAAACAGAAUUCAAUACCAUUGUCUCGAAUAUAAUAAAUCCUGGCGGUGAAGUCAUCGAUUUCUGUAGAUUUUGAUCACAGGCCCAUUUUCGGCCCAAGUUUAUUUACGGAAUACGCUCGCCACCGCACCUCUAAUUACUCUGCGUGGGUUCGCAGGUUCGAAUCCCAUGCAGGGAUGGUUAUGUGUGAGAGGAUUGCUGGACUCCUCGCCGUCGU